AUGGUAACAGCCUUGGGGGAGGAGACCAAGACACUACGGACUGGAAACAGGGUCAAACUGCCUCAGCCUCAACAGACUGCCUGCCUCAACAGACUGCCCUGGCCUCAACAGACUGCCCCUCGCCUCACAGACUGCCCCAGCCUCAACAGACCGCCCCGCCUCAACAGACCGCCCCAACCUCAACAGACAGUCCCUGCCUCAACAGACUGCCCAGCCUCAACCUGCCCCUGCCUCAACAGACUGCCCCCUGCCUCAACAGACUGCCUCCUCCUGCCUCAACAGACUGCCCCUCCCUCAACAGACUGCCCCUGCCUCAACAGACUGCCCCCUGCCUCAACAGACUGCCCCCGCCUCAACAGACUGCUGCCCUGCCUCAACAGACUGCCCCAGCCUCAACAGACUGCCUCAACAGACAGCCCCCUGCCUCAACAGACAGUCCCCCUCAACAGACAGUCCCUGGCCUCAACAGACAGUCCCCGUCUCAACAGACACAGUCCCUGCCUCAACAGACAGCCCCGCCUCAACAGACGUCCCCUGCCUCAACAGAGACAGUCCCUGCCCUCAACAGACAGCCCCCACCUCAACAGACUGCCCCUGCCUCAACAGACAGUCCCCUGCCCCCAACAGACAGUCCCCUGUCUCAACAGACAGUCCCCUGCCUCAACAGACUGUCCCGCCUCAACAGACAGUCCCUGCCCUCAACAGACUGCCCCAGCCUCAACAGACAGUCUCAGCCUCAACAGACUGCCCCAGCCUCAACAGACUGCCCCAGCCUCAACAGACAGUCCCUGCCUCAACAGACUGCCCCUGCCUCAACAGACUGCCCCAGCCUCAACAGACUGCCCCAGCCUCAACAGACAGUCCCUGGCCUCAACAGACUGCCCCAGCCUUAGCAGACAGUCCCCGCCUCAACAGACUGCCCCAGCCUCAACAGACUGCCCCCGCCUCAACAGACAGUCCCCGCCCCAACAGACUGCCCCUGCCUCAACAGACAGUCCCUGCCUCAACAGACUGCCCCAGCCUCAACAGACUGCCCCAGCCUCAACAGACAGUCCCCUGCCUCAACAGACUGCCCUGCCUCUAACAGAGACUGCCCUGCCUCAACAGACUGCCCCUGGCCUCAACAGACUGCCCCUGCUCAACAGACAGUCCCCUGCCCAACAGACAGACUCAACAGACAGUCCCUGCCUCAACAGACAGUCCCCGCCUCAACAGACAGUCCCCUGCCUCAACAGACAGUCCCCGCCUCAACAGACAGCCUCUCAACAGACAGUCCCUGCCUCAACAGACAGUCCCUGCCUCAACAGCCUCAACAGACAGUCCCCGCCCCCAACAGACAGGCCUCAACAGACUGCCCCCGCCUCAACAGACUGCCCUCACAGACUUCAACAGACUGCGCCUGCCUCAACAGAGCUUCCUGAGACUGCCUGCCUCAACAGACAGCCCCUCAACAGACAGCCCUCAACAGACUGGCCUCAACAGACAAACAGACAGUCCCCUGCCUCAACAGACAGUCCCAGCCUCAACAGACAGUGCCUCAACAGACAGCCCCUGCCUCAACAGACACAGACAGUCCCCGCCUCAACAGACUGCCCCCACCAACAGACAGAGACAGACAGUCCCCUGCUCAACAGACAGUCCCGGCCUCAACAGACUGCCCCUGACAGACCCUGCCUCAACAGACAGUCCCCUGCCUCAACAGACAGUCCCCGCCCCCAACAGACAGCCCUGGCCUCAACAGACAACAGUCCCCCCAACAGACAGUCCCCUGCCUCAACAGACAGUCCCUGCCUCAACAGACAGUCCCCGCCUCAACAGACAGUCCCCUGCCCUCAACAGACAGUCCCUGCCUCAACAGACAGCCUCGCCUCAACAGACAGCGUCCCUGCCCAACAGACUGCCCCUGCCUCAACAGACCCCGCCUCAACAGACAGUCCCCGCCUCAACAGACAGUCCCCGCCUCAACAGACAGUCCCCGCCUCAACAGACAGCCUCGGUGACUCUCUUAAUUCUACAAAACAACCGGUUUUUUUUAGGCUACGAAAGUUUAGAUAUCCGUUCAGCUUUAACACACUGGGUUCCCCGCCAUCCUAA